AUGAUAAAUCAAUAUCUGCUCCUAAUCUACUUAGUUUCAAGUCAUUAUACUUUGUCGGCCUCCAGUUCUAAUGAGACUAAAAGUCGGGAAGAGCAUACGCUGUCGGCCUCCAGUCCUAAUGAGAUUAAAAGUCCGGAAGAGCAUACGUUGUCGGCCUCCAGUCCCGAUGAGACUAAAAGUCCGGAAGAGCGUGCAUUGUCGGAUUCCAGUCCUAGACCUAAUGAGACUAAAACUCCGGAAGAGCGAAGUAUAACUGCAGAAACACUUUCUACAUACACGUAUCCAUAUGUCGUUAAAGUGGAGUCGGAACACCAUAAUCAGUUCAGACUCCUGGGUGGAGGAACGCUGAUUGCACCAGCAUUUGUACUAACUUCAGGUAUCGUUACUGAUCUGAUGAGUAGCUACCGCCAUUGUAGGAUAGUAGUAUUAGCUGAUCGUACUAAGAAUAGUCGAACGGUUAACAUUAAGAAAAAUUUCACUCAUCCAACAAAAUCAGUUGCCCUUCUGGAAUUGUCAGAAUCAUUACAUGCGGGUCCAGGCAACAUCGGAUUUGUAACUCUUCCCAAUCGGCAAGGAACCAGUAAUUUUUCUGUAGAAUAUAGAGGUUCAUUUAAGAUCAUGGGAUUUGGAUUCACACAAUCAAGUUUCUGGUCAAUCCCAAACCUAGCUGACAUCACUCAAAAUAUUCUCCGAGGUGGUUAUGUUGCAAUAGUUCCUAAUAAAGAGUGCGAGGAAGAAGGAGAUAAUGUUUUUUGCUUUAAACUCGAUACGAACAACGUUCACCCAAGUUCUUCCGACCGUGGAGGGCCAUUGAUAUACGAAGAUAAGCAGGUUGGUAUUAUUGGUAUCGCCCAUAAAGAGAAACUUUCUAUGAUUGUCAAUGCUAAAGUAGCGCAUUAUUUGGAUUUUAUCGAAGAGACCAUAGACAAGAGCUCUUUUUCAUGUCAUUAUACGUUGUCGGCCUCCAGUCCUAAUGAGACUAAAAGUCCAGAAGAGCAUACGUUGUCGGCCUCCAGUCCUAACGAGAUUAAAAGUACGGAAGAGCAGACGUUGUCGGCCUCCAGUCCUAAUGAGAUUGAAAGUACGGAAGAGCCUACGUUGUCGGCCUCCGGUCCUGAUGAGAAUGAAAGUCCUGAAGAGCGUUUAAAGGAUUCACAUGUAUGUAAGACAGGCCAGUAUCCAUAUGUUGUUAAAGUGGAGUCGGAAAAAAGCAAUACAUUCUAUUGCAUGGGUGCAGGAACGUUGAUUGCACCACAAUUUGUACUAACUUCAGCUGUCGUUACUGGUUAUAUGAGUCAAUAUCACCAUGGUAGGAUAGUAGCAUUAGCUGAUCAAGAGAAUCCUCUAAGGGCUAACGUCAAGGAAAAUUUUACUGAUCCAUCAAACUCAAUUGCCCUACUGAAAUUGUCAGAAUCAUUAGAUGAAAGUGAUGGCAACAUCAAAUUUGCACCUCUUGUCGAUCGGCAACAGUAUGAUGUCAGCAAUUUUACUCUACAUUGCAAAACAGUUGAAAUCAUGGGAUAUGGACUCACAAAAUCUAGUUCCUGGAACAUUCUCCCAUCAUUAUCCAUAGAGGUUCCAAAUGUUCUCUAUUGUAGUUUUGUUACACUAAUUUCUAAUGAACAGUGCAAAGAAAAGUUUCGGGCGCUGAAAGUGAGACCAACGAAAGUGAUAGUUCCCGAGGAUAAUGAAGAUAGUUAUUUAUGCUUCGAACUCAAACAGGCCGAUAGUCACCCAGGCGUUACCGACUUUGGAGGGCCAAUAUUAUGCCAUGAAGUCCAGGUUGGUAUUAUCGGUUACUACUAUGAGAAACUGGAGACCACCACUAUCAAUGCUAAAGUAGAGCAUUAUUUGGAUUUUAUCGACAAGAUCAUGGAGAAGAACUCUUCUACUACCGCUUACUCUGGCUCUAUCGUAAUCACCAUAAUUAUUUUUGGAUUAUAUUAUACCUGCUCUACUGUACAAUUUUAA